UUGAACCUUAACAGCCCUGCACUCUAGUGAGCACUGGGCAGUGCUGCUGGUUGACUAAGCUGGUCUGAGUUCUCCAGCCAUCUGGGAAAGUUCACUGUUUCGCUUUGUAUUAAAUCAACUCUGUGGAUAUUCUGAGAACAAAGAAACAUCACUGUGUAGCAAAAGGAGAGCUGGACACAGGUCUCUUCUGAGAGUCUCUGCUGGCUGUUACUUUAUGAAACGACGACAAAAGAGGAAACAUCUAGAAAAUGAAGAGUCCCAGGACAGUGCUGAGAAGGGAGGAGGAAUCUCGAAAUCACAAGAGGAUACUUCUCAGCUCGGCUCCAUUGGGGCAGCCAAAGGCUGGGGCCUUGGGGUAAGGGAAGUCUCCUCUGCCUCUGAAUACUUCUCCUGUGUUUCUUCUCCUCGGAAGUUCAUCCUUAGUGGGAUCCACAGAUUACAUCGAGACAGCCCUCAGCCUAGACCUUCCUUAUCCCAGGUUCAGGAAAAGGGGCCAACCGUGCCUGCCUCCCACCCAAUCUCCUUCCUGUCCCCUUCAUCCUAUAAGACAUGUGUGUCCUCUGUGUAUGUCAACAAAGAGGAGAAGGGCAUGCGCAUAUACUACAUGAAAGUCCAAAUGAGGAAGGGGGUGGCUGUCUCCUGGGAGACAGAGGAGACCUCAGUGUCAUUAGACAAGCAGCCCAGGAGGACGGAGGAAGCCAGCCUUCCUGAGGACGUGGGGGUAGGUACACCCCCCUCUGAUGUGUCCACCAGAAACCUGCUGUCCGACAGCGAGCCCAGCGGGGAGGAGAAAGAGCAGGAGGAAAGGGCAGAGUCAGACAGCCCACCAGGGUCGCCGGAAGUGGAGGAGAGGCCCAGGGCCAAGACCCCGGACUGGCUGGUGACCAUGGAGCUGGGCUUCAGGUGCAUGGCCUGCUGCCGGGUCUUCUCCAGCUUGGAGGUCCUCCAAGAGCACGUGCAGCACGGGCUCAGGGAGGGCUUCAGCUGCCAAGUGUUUCACCUCACCAUGGCCAGGCUGACAGGCGGCAGGGAGUCACAGAGCACUCAGGAGGAGGAGGAGGAGGAAGAGGAAGGUGAAGUGGAGGAGGAGGAGGACAAACAGGAGAAGGAACAGGACAAAGAGAAGCCGGAAGACAAGAAGGCCCAGGAGGAACAGCCCACCAGGGAGAACGGUGGCAUGAGGAGACCCUUGAGCCAAUGUCCAGGCUGUGUGUUUCAUUCUCCAAAGGACAGGAACUGAGAUUCCUGGGUCGGAAGCUCCUGGUAUGGCCAUCUCUUGGCAGAGCAAGGAAGAAGAAGGACUAUGGAGAUAGUAUCAGACAUAGUGCCAGUAGUGUGAAGUAUGCUGAGGGGAUCCGUAUUCAUUCAAACAUGUACAUCAUAUGCAAUAAAGGCUAGUUUCCAAACCUU